GAUAAAUUGCGGGUUGAAUUGGAAUGUUCGCAAUAGGAGAUACGAUAGAAGAUGGACGAAAGAAAAGACUGAUCCCAUUCAAUGACCCAAUUUUUAUGCUUGCCAGUGGGACCCUUACUAUUUAACAUCGUUCUCUCUUUCUUUAUCCUCGUUGCUCCCCGUCAUUAUUCAACUUUUCUCUCUCUAUUCUUUGUCUCCCAUCGGUGUGACUACUGAUCGACGUCAUCUCCCACCGCAUAUUCACCGUCUAUCGUUCACAAACUUUCACACACACUUGAACUGAAGUUAAUGAAUUAAAUACCUCCAUUGCGCCAUAGCGACAUAGAAAAGAUAACUUGACAAUCACUGCCACAAUGCAAGGCCCAUUGUACAUCGGUUUCGACCUUUCUACCCAACAGCUCAAAGCUCUAGUCGUCAAUUCCGACUUGAAAGUCGUCUACGUCUCCAAAUUCGAUUUCGAUGCGGACUCCCGCGGCUUUCCCAUUAAAAAGGGUGUCAUUACCAAUGAAGCUGAGCAUGAGGUCUAUGCCCCUGUGGCAUUGUGGUUGCAGGCCCUGGAUGGCGUCCUCGAGGGUCUGAAGAAGCAAGGUUUGGAUUUCGCCCGGGUGAAGGGCAUCAGUGGUGCUGGACAACAGCAUGGCAGUGUAUACUGGGCAGAGGAUGCGGAGCGUCUUCUCAAAGAAUUGGACUCUGGCAAGUCUCUGGAGGACCAAUUGAGCGGGGCUUUCUCCCAUCCCUAUAGUCCCAACUGGCAGGAUUCCAGUACGCAGAAGGAGUGUGAUGAGUUUGAUGCCUUCCUGGGCGGCGCGGACAAGCUGGCAUAUGCUACAGGAAGCAAGGCACACCAUAGAUUUACUGGCCCCCAGAUCCUCCGCUUCCAGAGAAAACACCCAGAAGUAUACAAAAAGACCUCUCGAAUCUCGCUCGUCUCCUCCUUCCUCGCAUCCCUUUUCCUGGGCCACAUCGCCCCUUUUGACAUCUCCGACGUCUGCGGCAUGAACCUUUGGAACAUCAAGCAAGGCGCCUACGACGAGAAGCUCCUGCAACUCUGUGCCGGGCCCUCCGGCGUGGAAGACCUCAAGCGCAAGCUCGGUGCCGUCCCCGAAGACGGCGGCAUCAACCUAGGCCAAAUCGACCGCUACUACAUAGAACGCUACGGCUUCAGCCCAGACUGCACAAUCAUCCCCGCAACAGGUGACAACCCAGCAACCAUCCUGGCUCUGCCACUGCGUCCCUCCGACGCAAUGGUCUCCCUGGGCACCUCCACCACCUUCCUCAUGUCCACUCCCAACUACAUGCCCGACCCAGCCACACAUUUCUUUAACCACCCUACCACAGCGGGCCUGUACAUGUUCAUGCUCUGCUACAAGAACGGCGGCCUGGCCCGCGAACAGAUCCGCGAUGCCAUCAACGAUAAACUAGGAAUGGCCGGGGACAAAGACCCAUGGGCUAACUUCGACAAGACCACACUGGAAACGGCGCCCAUGGGCCAGAAGAAGGAUUCUGAUCCAAUGAAGAUGGGCCUCUUUUUCCCUCGGCCGGAGAUCGUCCCGAAUCUGCGAGCUGGACAGUGGCGGUUUGAUUAUAAUCCUGCUGAUGGUAAUCUGCAUGAGACGAAUGGUGGGUGGAACAAGCCUGUCGAUGAGGCUCGUGCUAUCGUCGAGAGCCAGUUCCUUUCCCUUCGCUUGCGCUCUCGCGGUCUUACCACUAGUCCUGGACAGGGUAUGCCAGCUCAGCCACGACGGGUGUAUCUUGUCGGUGGUGGGUCGAAGAAUAAGGCGAUUGCCAAGGUAGCGGGUGAGAUCCUCGGUGGAAGUGACGGUGUAUAUAAGCUAGAGAUUGGCGAUAAUGCCUGUGCGCUGGGAGCGGCCUACAAGGCUGUCUGGGCUUUGGAGAGGAAGAAUGGACAGACGUUUGAGGAUCUCAUUGGACAGAGGUGGAGGGAAGAAGAUUUCAUCGAGAAGAUUGCAGAUGGAUAUCAGAAGGGCGUAUUCGAGAGGUACGGGGCUGCCGUUGACGGUUUCGAGAAGAUGGAAUUACAGGUUCUGAAACAGGAGGGUGAGGCGCGGUGAUGUCUCUCUUUCCUCUUCCUUUAUAGAAAAAGCGUCUUAUGGAUCUCUUCAUGAAAAUAUUGCCUUUAAUGACUCUGCAAUCUUGGAUGGUUUGCAUUGGUUUCCUUUUUUUUU